CGUACUGUCUUUUCGCGUCUGCUUGCGUUUACAGUUUUCAUUCCACAAUGACGAAUGUUUUCUUUUCGCCUCGCGCGUACUGUAAAAUUAUUUUACACGCAGCUAAGUAUCCGCAUUGUGCAAUAAAUGGUUUGUUGCUCGGCAAACAAAAGAAUAAAGAUGGCAGGGCGGAUCUGUACAUCGAGGACGCAAUACCUUUAUUCCAUAUAUGCUUGCAUGUUUCCCCAAUGGCGGAAAUAGCACUUACUUUGGUGGACCAGUUAGCUACAAGUAAAGGCCUUAUAUUGGCAGGUUAUUACUUGGCCAACGAGAAUAUAAAUGAUUUAAGUAUAGACAGACCGGCACAUAGAAUAGCAGAUAAAAUUGCAGAAAACUUUAACAGUGCGUUGCUUGUAGUGAUGGAUAAUCGAGAGGUGACUCUGGGUAUGGGAUCUAGUCCAUUACGAAUUUCACAAUCUAUAGAUGGAAAAUGGAGGCCAAAAGACAUAGCAAAUAUUAUUUAUGAAGGAGGUAUUGCACACACAGAUGCAAUGUAUUCAUUGCUGAAGACAGAGGAGCAUAAGAAUUUGAUCGAUUUUGAUAACCAUCUCGAUAAUAUUGCCCUUGAUUGGCAAAAUCAGAAACUAAAUAAAAUUAUUGAUGAGGCUGCCGAAAUACACAAAUAGGUGAAAACAAUGCAAGCAUUCCACACACAAAUCAUACAAAGAUUGUUUUAUUUAUAUGUUGUGUUGCACUCUACUUGUGUAUUUCAUUCACUAUAUGCAAAGUAACAAAUGUACAUAUAUUGUAGAAUUUAUAAAUGAAUAUCACCUGUUUUUAAAUUUA